AUGGCGUGGUGGCGGUUUCUCCUGCUGCUUUCCUCGUCUCUGGCUUUCCGCAAGAGUGACUUCACAGAUUGGGACUGCCGGCGAGUGAAUUCAAAGCUUGUCCUGUGGAACACGCUCCGGGAAGUUGCUGUUGCAGAAGCAGAUGCCGCGGAGUCUUCUCUAUUCACUGUCCCGAACCUGGUGUCCACAGUGAGUGAUUUCGAGACAUCCACUGAAGUGUUCGAGAUGCUGUUCACUGAAUGCCCGCUGGGCACGAUCUUUCUUCUGGAGAUCGCGCUUGGCAGCUGCCUUUUGAAUCAUGGCCAGUACACCUUCGAGCCUUGCGAAGCGACCGGAGAUUUGUUGAUGGAGUUCAUGCUUCGGCGAAACGUUUCUAUGGCUAUGCUACUCACAGCAACUUGGCCCAUCAAACAGGCCCUUGACAUGCCGUUUCUGUACGAGUUCGGGGCGGACACAGCCAGCAGCUGGCACACGGUCCAGAACAGCCCGGUUUACAUCUGUGACCAGCAGGUUGCGGAUAAUGGCGAGGGUGGAUUCGAGUGGCCGCAGCUCCAAGAGCUCAUCUGGAUCGCGGUUCGAGACGAAGAGCAGGUUUUGCCAAAGGUUCGCAACUUGAUUUUCGGGAAGGAGAUACAGAACUUGGUGACCGACCAGUUGCAAGAUCCGCACCACUUCCUGCCCGACUGUUUGUCUGGAUGGAUUGCCACGCUGCUCAUCUUUGCUGGCAUCACAUGGCACAUGGAGUCUUAUGUGUACUUCUCCUACGAACAAGUGCUGAAGCGAUAUCUGGCCGCUUUGGAGUUCUGGGAGUUCUUCGGUUCGGGCUGGUUGCUUUCCGCGCUGAUGGGUCAGGUUUGCGUGAUGCAUCGCACCAUUAACGAGAUGGACUUCUCGGGUUCUGAGCUCCUCAAAGAUCCACACAUCAACUCGAUUGGCUCUCUACGCCUCAAGGCGUCGCCGAUUUUCUCCGCAACGGCCGCUGCCGUGCUGGGCGAGGGCGCGAGACCUUACAGCGUAAAUGGAGAGAGUCGGCUUCUGACGUAUGCCGUGUACGUCUGGGGCGAGGCCUUCCUGAAGUGGCUUCCGGCGUACAUCAGGCGCUUCCACAGCCUCGGAGUCUACAACCUCAUGGUUUUCGGUGACAUUGCCACGUACCAGGUUUGCUCUGCGAUCCAGAGGGCUGUUUGCCUCCAACUGGACACGAAGAACUCUCUCCACCGCUAUACGAUUCCGUUGGCUCUCAUGAACCUGGGUGUGGAUGCUUUCAUCCUCGAUUUUGAUAUCUAUCCCUUUCAGGAUCCGACGCCUGUGCUGAUUUCUGAAAUGGAGAGCUACAGUGUCGCGCCGGAGCUUCUGAUUGGUGGCUCAUUCGGCGAUGCGUGCAUUUGCAAUGCAUUGGCCUUCUACCGGAGCACGCCUUCGCUUCGCGACUUCAUCCGUGGCUUGUUGGACUGGCUGUAUGAGCAUCCCUUCCCGCAUGCUGUUUCGCAGAGGGCACUGUCUGCGUUUUUGGGGGAAGCACCCAUGCAGAAAAAGCAAAGCACGAGUCCAGUCGUCGUGAAAGCUGAGAGAUUGGCCCCUUGGCUUCCGGACCGCGCUAGCCCUGGAAUCGCUUGGGCUGUGCUGGAUCCAGGUGUACAGUUUUCCUCGUCGGCCAACCUGGAGACUUCGGGCUGGGCGGGCGAUGCAGAGGACCCAGCUUUGCAGGUCCUGCCCCGGAUUUUCCUGGUGCUUCUCCGGAGCGACGUUGUCUCCGAUUACCUGUUCCUCCGGCCGAAGGAGGACCCUUCUGGUGGAACGUGCCCGUCCGACACUAGGUCGGAAGACUUUGUGGCUCAGACAUCUGAGCAAGUUUUGGUUUCGGCCAAGGAGGCAGCGAGCCUUUGGAGAGACUGGGGUUUUCUGGUCCAGGCGCAGAACUUCGCCGACCGCGCCCUCAUCUCCUAUCAGGCCGCGGUCCCCUCGAGUGCGACCCCUGGUGGCCGAAAGUUCGUGGACUAUCGCAUGGAGCCGGCCCCUGUUUGGGAUGGUGAGAUGCCAGAGGUGAAGUACCGGGAGUACGCCCGGAAUCUUCGGCUUUGGCUGGUGGAAGCAGUGGAGCGCCUCCCCGGCGCACUGGUGGGGAAGCGCAUCAUUGAUGGGAUUCCCUUUGGGAGCAGGUUGGCGGCCCUUUUGGCUCACUUGACAGUCGAAGACAUCACGGCCGAGAAGGUCUACGAGAAGAUCGUAAGCAUCAUCGAGGACGCUCACGAUUACCUUCGCGACGCCAAGCUGGAGCAGGCCUUCGAGAUGGCGAUCUUCAAGGGUCGCCGCCGGGCUGAUCAGUCGUUGAGCGGCUUUGUGGCGACGAAGAAGGCCUCGUUCGGGGAGCUGAAGCGACAAGGCCUGGAUUUGUUGAGCAGCCCGGCGGGGAGCCACCUGUUGGGCCACUUGCUCCUCAAGCAGGGGAACUUCAGCGAAGACCAGAAGCAGAGGAUCAAGGUCCUGACCGACGGCUCCAUUGACUUUCCGAAAGUGGAGCAGGCGAUCCGGAAACUGUUUGGAGACACUGUUGACGACCCGACGGCAAUGGCUGCGGCGAGGUCCCGGUCCUUCUGGCAGGAAGGAGACGAGGCUGAAGAUGAUGACGGCGGCUACGCCGAUGGUGGCUAUGAUGCCGAGCCCUACGGCCACCAGACCUUCUACGAAGACCAGGCCUACGAUGAGGAGCCCGACUUGUUCGAGGACUUGCUGGAGGCCGACGAGGGUGGAUCCGUAUACGUAUGCAUUGAGGAGCCUUUGCCGAGCCUGAUGGAUGAGGACCAGGCCCUGCAGUACGCCGGUGACCUCCUUUCCUUUGUCUACGGCGAGACCUCAGACUGGUGGCAGCGCAAGGGCAAGGGAAAGGGCAAGAGCAAGGCCAAGGGCAAAGGCAAGGGCAAAGAGAAGGGUGCCAAGGGCAAGCACAAGGGCUUUGGAAUAUAUGGCACCCAGAUGUCAUAUCCGGAGCACCGACGAGCGCUACAGCAGGCAGGCGAGGCCUCGAUCACCGUCUCCGAGCCAGGAGAGAUUUUCCUUAGCAGUUCGAUCAAGGAGCCCCAUGCUUUUGUUGGUUUUGUUCAGAAUGACGUCAGCCUGGACCACCAGUGCCAGGUGUUCGAAAAGGAGCCCAAUGGGUUCGAACGACAAGACCGCCCUCUGCUGUCGGAGGAAUACAUGUCUGAGGUGCUCUUGAGUUACACGUUUGCUAGCAGCAAUGAUGAGUCGGAGGGUUGUGCGUUGGUUGAUACCGCAGCUCAGCAUGGACUGAUUGGAGAGCAGACUUUGCACAAGCAUGACAUGUACCUCCAGAAGCAUCACAAGUUGAGGGUGCAGAUCACAGAUGAGACUGGGGGAACUGUACCUGGAGUUUGUGGUUCUGAGCAAGUCACCAAGGUAGCGUACAUACCUAUCGGGAUUGCCGGGAGACCAGGUGUGCUUCGAGUUCAGGUUGUUCCUGGGGUGAUUCCAUGCCUGAUUCCCGCGUACCUUCUGACAGAUGCAGGGGCCAUCAUAGACAUGCCGGGGUCCUGGGUCUACUACACUCUUGUCAGUGCAGUGCAACGAAUGAGACGUCGAUCCACAGGACACAUGGAAGUGAGCUUGUGCGAGUUUGAAUCGAAAUGGGAGAUUCCGGCAACAUAUUCCUUCAUCAAGAGUGAGAUUUGGGGUGCCCCUCAGCUCCCUUCGCAUUCGCUUUCGAUUUUUGAUGGAGCGGGACAGGCUGCCGCUGCAGCUGUGGCUUUGGAGCAAAUUAUCUCGCAACCGCCAUUGCGCAGGGCCCGCAAACUAGCAGCGAGACGAGAGGCCUUGGAGCGAAGAGCACUUCUACUUCAACGCGAAGAACAAGCGCUCCUGGCCGCUACCCCGGUGGACCGUGCACCGGUGAGGGUCUUGGUGGCGAACGAGGAGCAUACCGAACAACGCCGUCCCAAGGUGGAACACCGCGGCCGCUCCAAGUACCUCACGCCGAUCCUGAGGAGUUCGCCUACCUGUCAGCAUGUGGAGACCAAGCACGGGGCGAACUCAGACUGGAGCUGGGUAAGAUGCACCAAGUGCGGGCUGACCGAGCAAGUUCCCAAGAUGAGUUUGGAGAAGAUGAAUGUGUGGAACACGGUGCUCAUCUUCCAGAAGCCCGACUACCUCACUCCCGACGAGAAGAAGAAGGAGCAGGAGGAGAAGCGCACGGCAAAGCAGAAUCCCAGGUCGGUGGCAACGACAGCGGCGCCAAGGACUCCUGCGACGAGCUCGAAUUUGCCACAUGUGAGACUUCAGGGCGUGAUGCUGGGUCCCCAGGAGAUCGGGAUUGGAACGCCAAUGUCGGUACGUUCGGGAGCAUCCGGAAUACCGGGCGAGUCGGACGUGGAGCCGAUUGGGUCGAUGACCGAGGACGAGAUGCAGCUCUGGCGCCGAGAUGCGAUGUCGGUUCCCGACCUAGAGCCUCCCUCUCUCUUCCAGCGAUGUCCUCACUGCCAGUUUGGAGGAAUCCACCUGAUGAAGAGUGUGGAGGAGAACCGCCUGAUGUGGAGGUGCAUGGGCGGCCGGCUCGACUGCCCGUACAUUUGGCGGGAGUAUGGAGACCAACUGGUGGUGGCCACGGGAGUUCGACUAUGUGUAAAGUGCCAUCGUGGCGAGCUGGAGGUGAUCACGCAUCAGAACCGACAGGCGCUCCUCUGCCCCCAGUGCAGAGAUCUGACGCUGAUGUCAGAAUGGAAGGAGGUGAUGGAGAUGCACCAGAGGCAAGGAGGCUACAACCCAGAACCGAGCCUGGAGGAAAAGCUGCGUGGCCUCGACAAGGUGCUGUCAUCGAUCAAUCCGGAAAACUCAGUGGUGUUGGAGUUCACGGGCACUUCGGUGCCAUCACAGGUACCUGUGAGAUGCCGGUGCCCCCUUGGGGCGCGGGUGGUGGCGACCUCGCCAGCUUCCGGACUCUGGAACGCGCUUCAGAUUGAUGCGACCGGCCGUGCUGAGUAUGACCUCGGUGCCCGUGCCUCCGUCUAUGUGAUCCAGGAGUUUUCUAAGGACUUUGCAACCUACCUCCAAGACCAGGAGUUUGAGCCGAUUGAAGUGACUCUGGAUCGAAGAGAGAAGAAGAAGCUGGGUGCUGCUCUGGACCAUGUUCUUGGGAGCACGGAGCAGUUGUUUGAGAUGUGCGAGGAGUAUCCGGGCAUGGAUGGUUUCGCUGGGGACAGCGGAAGUAGCUGUCAAGUCUUUGGGACUGAAGGAGAGGCCAAUCGAGACGAUGGCUCUUGUGAUCAGCCACCUCAUUCACUACAACCACUCUCGGCUACAGCCGGACUGGACCUCGAUGAGAUCCGGGCUCAGCGGAAGUAUCGAUGUCUUCCGGUGGAUUUGGAGCUGACGGUGCUCUGCAGAGAACUCAAGGAGUCUCAGGCCGAGGAGUCGUGGUUUGAUCACCAUGGACAGGCGAUGUUUGUGAGUCUUCUUCCUCGGCGAGCACUACUGCCCUCUGUGGGCCCUGGCGGUCGGACGCAACGUUGGACUGCGGUGUUGGUGAAGCCUGGAGAAUGGAAGUGGUUGGAAAUGGGUGCCAGUGGUCCAUGGCACGAGGAGGUUCGGCAACAUGGUGCGUUGGUUGUGAUUUACCGGUGGCCGGAGUACUCCGAGACCCUCGCCACCUCGUAUGAUCUCACGGACAAGGAGAAGGCCGACGUGCUUCGUUGUCACGUGAACCUCGGUCAUCCUCACCCGCGGGAGUUUGUGCGGCUCCUCAAAGCUGCCGGGUCACGGCAUGAUGUGGUUCAGUAUGUUCUGCGUGAGUUCGAGUGCCCGGGGUGUGUCAAGGAACGGAGAGCCCCAACUCGUCUUCCUGCUGCAACACCCAGGACAUACGACUUUAACGUCAUUGUGGGGGUGGACCUCCUGUUUGUGCACGGGCUUGGCCGUCGAGCAGAACAUCCAGUUCUUAACAUUACGUGCCACGGUACCUUGUACAGCACGUUUGGCCUGAUAGACCCCUUACAACGUUCUUCGCGGGUGACCUGGUUGGGUUUCACUCGUCUGUGGCUGCGAGUCUUCGGAGCCCCUCAGUACCUGAUGUUCGACGAGGGGAGAGAGUUCACUGCAGCGACCUUUCAAGAUGGACUGGAGAGACAUGGGAUCAUACCUCUGGAGGUGUCGCGCCAGGCUCCUUUUGCCAAUGGCGUGGUCGAGCGUCGUGGCGGAAUGUUCAAGGAGGUGUACUACCGCACCAAGGAGAUCGUCCAGCCGAAGGACCUGGAUGAAGUGGAGGCCAUGAUCUUUGAGGUGAGCUGGAGCCUACAGACGCUCACAAAUCGCAGCGGCUUCUCGCCGGCACAACGGGUGCUGGGAAAACAGCCGACCCUCUCCUUGGACACGUUGUCGGAUCAGAGGGAGUACCACCUUUCUACAACGCAGGAUGCUGCUUGGUCCCGAGCUCAUGAAAUCCGGACCGCGGCGAGAAAAGCUCUCAUUGAGCUUGAUGCCAAGGCUCGACUUGCGCGCGCUCGACUUGGUCGUCCUCGGCGCGAACUGGAGCGACUAAGCUUCGUGGAGGGCGAACCAGUGAUGGUAUGGCGAACUGGCCGACGAGGAUCCACGGCGAAGGUGGGCCCCUGCUACGUGAUCCUCCAUGAGGGCUCUACUGUUUGGGUCACUCGUCGUGGUGAGAUUUGGAAAUGCCACAUCACCCAAGUGUUCAAGAUGGCUGUGGCAGACCAGGAAGGCCUCGAAGCAAUCCCUGCCGAAUUGCUCGAGGCGAAGGCAAGACUUCGCUAUGACAGUGAGAAGAUGAAGUUUGUGGAUGUUGCAAAGGAAUGUGAGGACUCCUCUGGACCCCCUGAUGGCGGAAUGUCGAUGGUCCAGAUCUUCAUGGACCCCCUGAUGGACAGGUGA